UUCCUCGUCAGUCUAUCCGGCGUCGCGCGAGCUUUCGGUUGCGGUCGUCGCGGCUCCCUGAGCUUUUCUACCAGUUUCGGUCCGCCUCGAGUCGCCGUACAGAUGCAGUAAAUCCCACGGGGAAAAGCGCCAAUCGUCAAGGAUGCAGCCCCCGUUGCCACACGGAUGUACUGGACUCAUUUCAAUGGUGGUGAGCUACCGGCGGACAGUGGGGGUGUUGUCGAGGGCGGCGCCCAGGUCGACGCCGAGGCCUGCGUGAGCCAGGAGGCCCAUCCUUGUCCAGGUUCUCGUAAACAGCAGCGUAAUCCGCGGCGGCAAGGAGAGGAACGGGAAGCCCAGGAUCAAUGGCAGCUGCCGGCGGAAGAGGACCACGGGCCCCCGAUACAUCGUCGCCAAGAACAACCCGCGGACAUGGUGGCCCAGGAGAUGGCCCAGGGCUACACCCAGCUCCUUCACGACGGGCAGGAGCCUCAGGAGUUCAUAUCCCUCGAGGAACUUAAGCCAAGGCUGCAGGAUCAGGACCGCCAUGGCCGCACUCAAAGCCACAACGAGGUACGGACGGUACCAGCUUCCCCGAACUCAGCUCUCUAUCACCACUCCGGACAGCAGCGGUCCUACUACAAUCUCACCCCGGUUCCAAAGAGUUCUCGCUCCUCGGUGUACUUUGGUGGGACCGACACCGGGGUCGAAGACUUGGCCGUACCUGCAGGAGGCGUUGGACCCGGUGGCGGUGGCGUUCCAAACCCUCAGGGUCCGAUGGGGGCCGAAUCGGGAUCCCGGAUGAAAGCCGAGCAGGGAGGUGCAGCGACCGCCUCCCAUCAUUACCGACAGGCCAGUCAUCAACAUCAUCACCAUCGCCAUCACCACCACCAACAAAGUCAGAAUCAGAGUCCGAAUCACUACAAUUCCGACCACUGUACUCCGCUGCACGUCCAGCCUUUCGAGUCGCCGUCAUCCGUCGACGCAGGGUUUGCCCCGACGAUAAGGAAGCGGAAAAUUUCCUGGAACGAGAGUGGUGAAUUGCAGAACGACACGGGAGAUGACACCAAAUCAAUCAGAACGAACGACGACAGUAAAAGUGAGGGUAGUGAAUUGCAGAACGACAGGGGAGACGACACCAAAAUCGUAAGAAUGAACGACGACAAUAAACGGCAAAAUCAUAGCGAGAUCGAAAAACGUCGACGAGAUAAGAUGAACACUUACAUAACCGAGUUGUCGGCGAUGGUGCCGAUGUGUCACGCGAUGUCGAGGAAAUUGGAUAAGCUGACCAUUCUCAGGAUGGUUGUGCAACAUGUUAAAACUAUCCUGGGCACUGCCGCUCCGUAUACAGAGGGACACUACAAGCCCCCUUUCCUCAGCGAUCAAGAGCUCAAGAUGCUGAUUCUCCAGGCAGCCGAAGGCUUCGUCUUUGUGGUUGGUUGUGACCGGGGCCGGAUCCUUUACGUCUCGGAAUCGGUUUCGCAAACGCUUAACUAUUCUCAAACGACAAUUGCAACUUUACUUGAUACAAAACGCUGGUUCCCGCAGAGUGACUUAAUGGGUCAAAACUGGUUCGACAUCCUGCAUCCCAAGGACGUCGCUAAGGUCAAAGAACAGCUUUCCUCCUCCAAUCUGAGCCCGAGGGAGCGCCUGAUCGACGUUAAGACCAUGCUCCCAGUCAAGACUGACAUACCACACGACGUGUCGAUGCUCUGUCCGGGGGCUCGAAGAUCUUUUUUCUGUCGAAUGAAGCGAAAACUGGAGAACACGCGAUGCGGGGAUCCGAAGGUGAAGGAGGAAGCAGACACAACGACCGGAUGUCAUCGGCGUAAGAAACAACAGAAUAAUGAUUGUAAGUAUUGCGUCAUUCAGUGCACCGGAUACUUGAAGACUUGGGCUACGGCGAAAAUCGGACUUGAAGAGCAGGAAGGCGAAGGCGACGGAGAAGCGUGCAAUCUUUCCUGCCUCGUUGCGGUAGGUCGAGUUCAACCGCCACUUCCGGCGUUCUCUGCACCCCGAAGACCACAUUUGAGAACGAUACAGUUCGUGUCGCGUCACGCCGUGGAUGGAAUAUUUUUAUCCGUCGAUCAGAGAGUCACACUGGUGCUCGGCUUUCUUCCUCAAGAACUGUUAGGAACGAAUAUUUACGAGUAUUACCACCGCGAUGAUAUUUCGCACCUCGCAGAGUCCCACAAAGCGGCUCUCCAGACACGGGAAAAAGUGACCACGCAGGUGUACAGGUUCAGGAGCAAAGAGGCCACUUUCGUCCGAAUGCAGUCCGAGUUGAAGUCUUUUCGAAAUCCUUGGACGAAAGACGUCGAGUCGCUGAUAGCUAAGAACUCGGCAAUUUUUUCCGACGCGAGGCAAGUCGAAAGUAGCGCGGCAAAAUCCGAGGACUCCAACGUUCAGGGAAACUACGAUUAUCUCGCCCAAAGUAACGGUGGAUUAGAAAGACUGAUCCAAAAUCACAUAGAGGUGAGUAAAAUCGGUCGACAAAUAGCCGAGGAAGCCUUGGACUCGCAACGGAAGGGUGAGGAAUUCUCACCAGAUCCCGGAUCGGAGCCUACUUCCGGAAAUACGGAGGCGCAAAUAUCGACGACAGUUUUCCCCGAAGGAGUAAUAGACAUAUCGGUACCCGGAGUCGGAAGUGACAACAGCAACAGUGAUUUGACGCCAUCUUUUACCCAGAUAAGAAACAACGUCCAAUUGAGCAGCAUAUCUAACGAUCAAGGAGUUUCGCCCGACGAAAGUAUGAUGGAGAUGAUCGGCGACUCCAUUAUCAACGAAUCUCCAAAUCCGACACUGACUGAUGGCAACGACGAGGCAGCGAUGGCUGUUAUCAUGAGUCUCCUCGAGGCUGGCGCAGGUUUAGGAGGUCCGGUAGAUUUUUCUGGGCUACCCUGGCCGCUUCCAUAAGUUAAGACUGUAUUUUAACGUAUGUAAAUGUGAUAACUUCAUGUACCGAAAAUAGUGCAAUUUUCAAGAAGGAUUGUCGCUGUGCGCUUACCGCGUUUGCAAAGGUGUUUGAGUACUUUUUACAUCGCGCCAAAACGAGCUCGGCUCACUUCAGAGUAAUACUCUUAAUGGUAAAAAUGUUACGAUGUUCAAAGUUGUACAGGCGACGAUAGAUAAUUGUAAUUGUAAUAUAAGUAUAGAUUUAUGCGUAUGCGUGCGCGUGUGUGUGCGUGCGUGUGUUUAUUAAAACAAGUGUCGCCUGUACCAUAUCAGGUCUUUGCGAUUCGGUGAUUAUUAAUUUUUCCCAUAAUUCGAUUUUUCGAUUUUGCAGUUAAUCGGUUCUUCAAUUAAUUGAAAAUCAUUCCGCUUAGCGAAUCAUUUCUUAAUUUAAUCGAUUCGUCGGUUUAUUUGGUUGCUUUUCCGAUAAACCAAUCAAUCGAGUGUUAUAUUUAUUUGUACAAUAGAAAAUUAUUGCAACACGCGAUGAAUUUUUAUGACAAAAGCGAAAUAGGGUGAUCUCCAUAAAUGUGUAAGUACUUAAUUAGUAAUCAUGACCAUACAUGUGUAAAUAUAUAGAUAAUAUGUGUAUACGUACAUAAAUAUGUAUGCAGUAUAUUAUGUAUAGUGCGCUGUCAAGUGAUGCAUACCUGAUUAUAUUAUAGGGAUUACGAAUAGUUGAUGAUUGCUGAAUAUUAAGCCGGAUUGAAUUUUUUACUCUUUGUGUAAUUUAUACUUCUAAGAAAAUGUCCCUUCUAGUUUUAUUUAGCAAAUUGAAUAAAAUCUUUCUUUUCUUAAUUCUUUCCGUUUUUUGACAAGUUCAUUUUUAUUUUUACUUCAAAUGUCAAUGAAUAAAUUGGAUCGGAUUUUAAAUGCAAAGUGCUGAUUAUCUGCGAAUAGUUGUCAUUACGUAAUAAUUACUCAAAAUAGAUGUUGUAUGUGAACCCUGAAAAAACUUUUUUCUCCACAUAUCUGUAAAAUCAAAUAUUUUAUACGUCAAAAUAUGUCUUUACUUUCAUGCCAACCCUUUUUAAUAUUUUUUAACAUGACUUGACUAGUUCUGUAAGGUCGUUUUUCCGUUAUUUUUUAUUUAUUUAAAUUUACCUAGUUCUUUUUUUUCAAAAUUCUUAUCUGGUCGGAAUAUCUUCUAAUUUCUAUUACGAGAAGUUCGCAGAAAAAAAUUUUAGCAGGGAAAUAAUAUUAUGGAAUAUUUUGAAUGCAAGAAAAAAAUACGUCUAAAGACACAAAUUCCCUAUCCAAACCUGAAAUAAUUUGUAAGGUUUUUUUUUGGCGCAUGUACACUCUCGAAUAACUUAAUGUUACGCAUUGUAUAAUUGAGCGUAAGUUAUCUAACAAUACGUCCAAUUUUACGUGCUCUCAGUGACACCUUCGUUGCUUCUCAACUUUAUAAUCAUCGGAGAUCACCGACUUUCCGCACUUGUAACACAAUGCACCAUUCUCACGCAAUGACCUUUAUGCAAAAUAAGAUUGUCCACGCUUUCAUGUAGAUAUUAAACAAAUAUCGAUAAAAAUAAGACAUCCUUAAUACACUGUGAAAAAGAAUCGUUCUUUCGAAAAAGAUUACUUGAUGAAGGUAAAAAAAAAAAAAUCAAACAAUAUGUUGCUGCGAAUGAGGCAACGAAAGAUUUUGUGGAAUCAACUAGCCAGUGUAGGUUUUGGGAAAUAAUUAAAGAUUUGACGAGAUCAAGUAAAAUUAAGUUCGAGCAUCAAUAGUAUAUUGUGUUAUGAGUGCGGAAAGUAGGCAAUUUCCGAUAACGAUUAGCGUUAAGUUUGCAGCGUAAUAUUAAGUUAUUCGACAAUGCGCAUGCGUCAAAGGAAGCCUUUGUGUGCAAAGUGUAACAUUAUGAUAGUACGCGUGCCCAAAUCUUGUUUUACCGCAUUGUUUGGAAAUUGGACAUCUUACGCAUGUUCCACAGGCUAAAAAAAUUGAACCUUCCAAGCAGGUGUCAGGAGAAAUAUUUUUUUCGCCACCCGCAAAAUAACGUAAUUUUUUCUCAGUUAAAUAAAUUGCUAUGAGUCUCUUUCAGGAAGACGUUUCUACCGAAUUAUUCAUCUUUGCAAAAUUACGUCGAAGACGAACACCAGAUUUAUCUAAAUGAAAGAUGAGGUCAACUUAUCUGUAAGAUGAUUAAUUUAGUUAAAAUUAUCUGAAUUACGUACAACACUGCUUACAAAGAAUAUCGAACGAUGUCAGUUUAAGUUUGCGAAAUUUCGUAGGCAUAAUUAAUAUAACCUCACGAUCUGUUAUUGUUGACAAUUCGAGUAUUCGAUGUUACAUGCAAGUUUAGUCGUAUAGUUAUGUUAACCAAGUUAUACCGAAGUUAGUAUCUUUUAUCGUAAGUAAAUUAUUAUAAGCAGACAUGUAUUACAAUAAAUAAGUUGAUAAGCGUUA